UGUUCCCUGAACGCUCUUCAUCCUAUCUAUUCACAACUGUACAGAAAAGCAAUACCAAGAAACGGCGAAACGGAACCGUUGAAAGUUCACGUUGGUUUCUAUGUGGAGAGUCUCGGAAACUUUCGGUCUACUGAAAUGACGUUUGACAUGGAUCUUUACAUGUAUAUGAGUUGGCAGGAUAUUCGAAUGAAGCACAAUCAGUCGGACUACGUUCUAAUUAAUGAUAAAUCGAUUCUGGAGAAGAUUUGGUUGCCGGAUUUGUAUUUUGCAAACGCUCGGACGGCCUACUUCCACGAGGUCACCGUCCAUAACUUCAACAUGUUCGUUUCACCCGAGGGUGUUAUCGCAUACGGAACGAGGGUGACGCUCAACCUAGCCUGCCAUCUCAACUUGCAAGACUAUCCACUGGAUCACCAAACGUGUCUGAUCAAAAUUAUCAGCUGCUGUGGAAAGCUCAAUAGA